UCUUCCAUUUCCUUCUGGCCUGGAAUGGCUUUUGGGGUUUUGCUGGUAGCGAGCGUCGCUCUGAAGUGGUUUGUGAUCUUUAUGAUUCUGUCCGCUUCCAAGGUUCCUGCUAAGAAAACAAAUCCACAUGAGAUCCAGAGUUGCCGGCAAAAAUGCAUCCCUUGCAGAUCCGCUAACAACCACGUGACAGCCAAUUUGACUCUGGAUCCACGCACAGCUCAUCCCCAGCUCUACGUAUCAGAAAAUCUGAAGAGUGUGAAAUGGAGAGACAUGAAGCAAAGCGCGAACAGUAGUCCUCUGAGACAUGACUUGUUGGACAGCGUCCUAAGCCAUCAGGGCAUCGACUCUGGGAAAUAUUACUGGGAAGUGGAAGUGGUGGAAGGAGGCAAUUGGUGGGGUGUGGGAAUCGUGAGGGAGUCUGCAAACACAAACGGGCAAAUUCUCCUUGCACCAGAAGGGGGGUAUUGGGGGGUACAACAUAUUGAUGGGCAGUACCAGUCAAUUACUGCCAAUAUUAGGACAAAUUUGUCCUUGUGCCAUCCCCCGAGUAGGAUCCGGGUUUCCCUAGACUAUACAGAGGGCCUGGUAGCAUUUUUUGACGGCGAUACUGGUGCCCAUCUCUUUACCUUUCCGAAAGCAAAAUUCUCUGGGGAAAAGGUCCAUGCCUGGUUCUUGAUUGAGGGGUGGAAUGGGGAGCUCAUGGUCCAUCCAUGAGAGAGAGGAGCAUCUUAAUCAAGAGUUACCAGGCUGUGGUCCAUGAUCUUCAUUCAGGUGGUCCAUAGUAUUUAUCUGGAUUUGUAGUUGAAGACGGCUGACGGAACACCCACCACAUCAAAUAGUCCUAUUGAUUGUAGCUUCUUUCAUUUCUUAUACUGUACAGGCAGUGACUAUUUUGGGCGUGUCCAACAGAUGCAUGGUUGCCACCGUGUGAGUCCUUUUGGACGCGGAAGAG